GGCUGGUCUGUGUUCCAGUCUGUUUCAGGUGAUGUUAUUGUGGCUGUUUAACCUCAUAACGUCUCUCUCCCUCUCCCUGUUUUCCUCCUCCAGGCGAGCGUUGAACCUGGGAAUCCUGCGCGACCCGGGGUCAGAGGUGGAGGACCGUCAGUACCAGCUGGAUCUGCAGUCCAUCAACAUCGGUACCGCCCAAUGGGAGCAGCUCAAACCAGAGAAGGAGGGGUCUAAGGGGGGCGUGUCCACCGAGACAGAGAGGAACUCACAGAACCCUGCCCUGGAAUGGAACAUGGCCAGCAGUAUCAGGAGACACCAGGAGAGGAGAGCCAUCCUCACCCCCAUCCUGACGGACUUCUCUGUCAGAGUGACAGCAGCACCUGCCAUCAUAUUCAGCAAGCCCAGAUCCCCUGACAACAGACAAGUGGAGGAGGUGCUGGUGUGUGGUCACUCCCUGGAGGUGAACGUAACAUCCAGUCUGCAGUUCUUCCUCAGUGUGGCCCAGGUCCACCUGCUGCAGCUACUGUUCCGAGCCAACAUGGUGGAGGGAACUGCCCCAGAGACCAGCCAGGUAAGAGAUGGUCACAUCCCAAAUCAGGUAAACAUGGUGGAGGGAACUGCCCCAGAGACCAGCCAGGUAAGAGAUGGUCACAUCCCAACUCAGGUCAUACUCAACCAACAGGUGAAGAGGUCAUAGUAACAUGUCAGACUCAGCCAACAACAGGUGAAGAGGUCAUAGUAACAUGUCAGACUCCACCAACAACAGGUGAAGAGGUCAUAGUAUCAUGUCAGACUCAGCCAAUAACAGGUGAAGAGGUCAUAGUAACAUGUCAGACUCAGCCAACAGGUGAAGAGGUCAUAGUAACAUGUCAUACGCAAACCAACAACAGGUGAAGAGGUCAUAGUAACAUGUCAGACUCAGCCAACAGGUGAAGAGGUCAUAGUAACAUGUCAUACGCAAACCAACAACAGGUGAAGAGGUCAUAGUAACAUGUCAGACUCAGCCAACAGGUGAAGAGGUCAUAGUAACAUGUCAGACUCAGCCAACAACAGGUGAAGAGGUCAUAGUAUCAGGUCAUACUCAGCCAACAGGUGAAGAGGUCAUAGUAUCAUGUCAUACUCAGCCAACAGGUGAAGAGGUCAUAGUAUCAUGUCAUACUCAGCCAACAACAGGUCCAGUACUGAGUCAAUGAUAACAUGGUCAUAUACACUGGGUACCAGUACUGAGUCAAUG